AUGGAAAACUUGACGAUCAUCUACGCGCACAACAACCCUUUCACUGACGCUGAGCUCGAUUCCUGGCAAAAGACAUGCCAGUACGCUGGUAGUAGCGAGUAUUCGAAGAAUGUGACGAAACAGUUGAAAGUUUUGUUGAAUAAUUCAUCCGGAUCUGCUGUGCUCAACAGUUUAUCCGAACCUGCUGCCAGAACCUUGCCUAGAUGGCCGUUUCAGAACAACGUAUCUCGAGAACUUUCCACGCCUAGAACGUUGCCGAUGCCUAAAUGGCCGUUUCAGGAGCAAGUCGACACUCAAGAUAUCGAGACACUACCUUGGCUGGCUCCUGGCGAGGCUUUUGAGACCCGGGUUUGGCCAAGUGAUAAAAGUUCCUUUGAGGCAUAUGGAUAUGAUCAGGACAGGAUGGGUGGAGAGUGGGACGCGGGGGAGAUGUCGAGGCUUGGUUUUGGGAAGUGGAUGAAUAAUGUUUUAUACAAUGGUUCGGGAAGAGUGCUGGAGUGGGAGGACAUGGAAGAUAGCUCUAAGGGAUCAAAUGAGACGGCAGGGCUAGCAGCAGACUGA